AUGCGUGUCUUUCAGCGAUUACUGAUGGCAACCCCAUCCUCCAUGGGCUCGAAAUCCAGCCUCACCGAAGCUCUCGCCCUCCUUCCGCCUCUCCCGCUGUACCGCCGCAUUCUCCGCGUUCACCGUCGCAAACUGGAGCCCGAAAUGCGGGUGUUGGGGGAUUCAUACGUGAAGAGCGAGUUUAGGGCACACAAGGAUGUCGAGAAUCCGUUGCAUAUUAUUGGUUUCUUGACCGAGUGGCAGCUCUAUGCGCAGAAAUUGGAAGGUGACCAAUGGGCUGGGGAUAAGUUGGAUAAGGCCAAGGUGGAUAAGAUGAGUGAUCAGCAACUUGGACAGCUUUAUGAGUUGAUGCAGGCGAUCAAGAACAAAGAUGGUGGAGAGAAUGAGUGA